CAGCGUCUGAUUGGUCAAUCCUCGGUCAGUUAUGCAGCCACUGAUGCCCACCCCUUCAAGCACGGUGACUGAAAUUAGGGAGAACACCGUAUAAUACACAACCUUUGACAUGGCUAUUACAGCGGAUCACAUCCGGGACAAACUAAUCAAGGAGCUGGCGGCUGUACUCGUGGAUGUGGAGGACACGUCAUCCAACAGAUGUGCUGCCAGCUACAAAGUCCUGGUGGUGUCGACCCAGUUCGAGGGCAAGCCGCUGUUGCAGAGACACAGGAUGGUGAAUACGUGCCUAGCAGAGGAGCUGAAAGAGAUCCACGCUUUUGAACAGAAGACCCUCACACCAGAACAGUGGGAGAAGCAGAAAUCACAAUGACACACACACACACACACACACACACUCUCAAUAUAUCACAUUCGCAUCACUUCAGAGUUUCUCCUUUUGAAACAGGCCUUGUACUUCUAAGAUGUAGAAAGAAUACUAGUGAUCUCUGUAAAUCAACAGAAUUGAUAUGAAUGCAAUGUUCUGGUGGCAAUAAAACACGUGGAUGCUG